UAGGCGCCAACCUUAUCUGACCCGUCUACGUGGAUCCUACCUCAGCUAACCAAAUUUAGCAGUGGCGGUAAUUCCAUUCUCACAUCUGAAAUCCCAUAUUCAGCUCGCGUCGCCGGCGGUGAGUUCGUCGGAGUUAAUUUCCGGUGAGCAUAAAAUUGAUUGAAAGAGAUGACGUUGAAAUUAUACGUAGAUCGUAUGUCCCAACCUUCUCGUGCAGUUAUCAUCUUCUGCAAGUUAAAUGGAAUAGACUUUGAGGAGAUACACAUAAAUCUCUCCAAGCGCCAGCAGUUAUCUCCUGAAUUUAAAGAAAUUAACCCCAUGAAGCAAGUACCAGCUAUAAUGGAUGGAAGAUUUAAGCUUUUCGAAAGUCAUGCAAUUCUUAGAUAUCUGGCUUGUGCAUUUCCAGGAAUUGCAGAUCAUUGGUACCCUGCUGACUUAUACAAAAGAGCAAAGGUAGACUCUGUGUUGGAUUGGCAUCACUCGAACUUGCGUCGUGGUACAGCUGGAUAUAUCUUUAAUACUGUUCUCGCUCCUGCUUUUGGGUUGCCUUUGAAUCCACAAGCAGCAGCAGAAGCUAAGAAAGUCCUUUUGGCAUCUCUUGCAAAUAUUGAGUCUGUUUGGCUCCAGAGAAAAGGGCGAUUUUUGCUUGGGAGUGGCCAACCUUCAAUUGCAGAUCUUAGCUUAGUGUGUGAGCUUAUUGAACUUGAGAUUUUGGAUGAGAAGGAUCGUGAGCGGAUAAUAGGCCCAUACAAGAGAGUUUUGAAGUGGAUUGAUGACACAAAGAAUGCCAUGGAACCUCAUUUGCAAGAGGUACAUGUGAUCCUCUACAAAGCUAAAGAGAAAUUCCACAAGCAAAGACAUGCUGUAGGGAGUAGCAUUCCUCAAUCGAGUAGAAAACCUGACUUGCACUCGAAGAUGUGAGAAAGCAACAAGGAUCCAGGUGCUGCAUUGUGCUCGUAGUAUCACCGUGCACCAUGGCAGAUAACGGGAUGAACAGUGUGUAUGUGAAAGCUGAUACAGGAAGGAGAAUUCUGAUCCAAGCUUUCCUUACUCAUUUUCUUUAUGUAUAUGUAAUUAUAAGUGUCUUUCAAUUGUUAAUCUAGUCCACAACAUAUGUAAUCAAACAAACUGAGAAUCCCUUACUCUUGGGUAUACAUCUGUUAUUUCUUCACUGUAUCAAAUAUAUGAGUUUUGAAUAUUAUCUAUGAAUGUCACUUGCAAGGUGAA